GGAACCGGAAGCGCCGGUUGCACCGCGUGCGUGGCGAAGCUGGAAAAGCGAUGGAAGGAGUUCCCCGCUUGGGGGUGGCGCUGGUGCUGGAUCGAGACCCCGCUGCUGCAGCCCCUCACUGCCCGCAUGGGCCCACUCUUUUGUUUGCAAAGAUUCGCCAAGGAAAGGAAGAGGGGAGAAGAUUUUACGCCUGUUCCGCUUGCAGAGAAAGAAAAGACUGUCGUUUUUUUCAGUGGGAAGAUGAAAAAGUGUCCGAGGCUAGCCUUUUAGCUCAGGAAAAGUACAAUCGAAGUCGGCAGCCCUCCCUCUCUCACGCGCAAAAUGCGGAAAGGUACAAGGAGUUUGCCGUCUUGCCCCUAUCGGAAAGGAAGUUCUGUCAAGAAUGCCAACAGCUUCUCUUGCCACCUGAGUGGGGAGGACAUUCUGGCCAUCGGGUACUUGGUGAGAUCUCCGUGGCCCAGCUGAGGAGACCCAGCCAGCUCCUCAGACCUCUGGAGAACAAGAAGACUAACGCGCAGUAUCUGUUUGCUGACCGGAGUUGCCGGUUCUUGCUGGACCUCAUUGUGGCACACAACUUUAACAGAGUCCUUUGCAUUGGCACACCGAGGCUCCAUGAAUUGAUCAAACUACAAUCGUCGCAGGUACCAAAAAAUCCCAUUAGGAGUCUUUUGUUAGAUAUUGAUUUCAGGUACUCUCAGUUUUAUACAGAGGAGGAGUUUUGCCACUACAAUAUGUUUAACCAUUAUUUCUUUGGCGGAGAGGCUGCCCAUGACACGUGCCAGAAAUUCUUGCAACGAGACGAAGGCAAAGGGGUCAUCCUGGUGGCUGAUCCUCCGUUUGGAGGCUUGGUGGAAACUCUGGCUUUUACUUUCAAACAGCUAAUGGCCAUUUGGAAGCAAACUGGUCAUGCAGACGCUGCCAAAAAAGAGCUGCCCGUAAUUUGGAUAUUCCCGUACUUUUUUGAAUUGCGCAUUCUUGACAUUUUCCCAAAUUUCAGGAUGCUGGAUUAUCAGGUGGACUAUGAUAACCAUGCCCUCUAUAAACAUGGCAAGUCGGGCCGAAAACAGUCCCCUGUUCGUAUUUUUACUAACCUUUCACCUCAUUCGAUAGUGCUUCCUGUGGAAGAAGGGUAUAGGUUUUGCUGCAUCUGUCAGCGAUAUGUGAGUUCAGAGAACCAACACUGCGAAGCGUGCAAUGCAUGCACAUCCAAAGAUGGGAGACGAUGGAGACACUGUUUUCUUUGCCAAACGUGUGUGAAACCUUCUUGGGUCCACUGUCCCGUUUGUAAGCGGUGUGCGCUUCCGAGUCACUCUUGUAAGAAUGCUGAUCCCGGAUGUUUCGUUUGUGGAGCAGCGGACCACAAGCGUACCGCCUGUCCCAAUUUGCGUGCGGCUACAACAGUUUGCCGAGGUGGCCAGAAGUUGAAUCAAAAGAAGAACAAAGUGAACGCAAACGUUAGGAGAAAUGGAAGGAAGGCAAAGACUGCCAGACGAAGAAAGAAGAAAUCAAAGAAGCUUCUGGCUUAAAAUUGGGAAGAUUUUUUUGGAAACGUUUCAUCGUGUUUAUCCGAGGCCCCUGGUUUUCCUCAAAUUUACGUUCAAAGUCCAGCUGACUUGAGUCUGCUUCGUGCAGCAUUGAAUGAAAAUGUUACCAGAUUUAGGAUUGGCAAAACAGGCCAGCCAGAUUUCUCUCCAAGGGCUGACUGCGAAUGAAGCAUCGGUGGAAACUGCCUGCUAUUUGCCAUAGGGCAGAUUUGCUGUUAAGAAUGCAAAACAAUUUAAUUGAAUAGUACUUUUCAUCUUUGGGGGCAUUUGAGGGAAAAAAGAUAUCCCCAAAGCAUUCUGAAAUGCAUUGCAAGUAACAUCAAAUGUAGGGUAAGGGAGGAAAUGGGUGGGGAAAGACCACUGAAGAGAGAGGAGUACCUUCUGUAAGUGUGCAUAUUAAAUUCUUUUCACCCAUUUUGGAAUUAAACUGUUCCUGUGUUUGCCGGCUUAUACAUUUGAA